AUGAAUACUACUACAAGUAAUGAUAAUCAACGAAUAUUUGUUGAAUCUUUAAUUAAAAGAAUUGAAUCAUUACUACCUUUUAGAACUGGUCAUAGUUUUCAAGAAGUUGAAUUAGAUCCACAAUUUAUAUUAACAAAAAAAUUAUUAUUAAAUAAUUAUUAUCAAAAUUCAGAUACAAUUACAUAUGUUUUAACUUCUUUUACAAGUUUAUUAUUAACAAUUAAUAAUGAAUCUCAAAAUGUUAAAAUUAAAUAUAGAGAUGAAAAAUCAAGAUCUUCAACUUUAUUAGCAUGUAAAAUUUUAGUUGAUAUAUUAAAAACUAAUUGGAAUAGAAAAACAAAUAUAAUAGAUGAAAAAGAUUUAAUGAGUAAUUGUUCAAGAUUUUAUUAUUAUGAUGCACCAUUACAAUUAGAUAGAUCAAUUAUAAUUGAAGUUUUAAAUUUUUUUUUAAAUUUAUUAUCUUCUGGUAUUGUAAAAAGAGUAUUGGCAUUAAUACGUAAUGAACAAUCAUUAAUGAGUACUACAUCAACAAAAGAUGAUGAAAUUUUAAAAGAAGAUCAACCAUUAACUGAAGAAGAAUCAAUAUUAGCUUCAAUAUCAGAAAUUGAUUCAUAUGUUGAAUUAAUAUUAAGAUAUAUUGCAACAGCAAAUCCUGAUGAUUAUUAUAAUUUUAUUUAUACUAAAUUAUUUUCUUAUUCAAUAAAUAAUCAAACUAUACCAUUACCCAUAAUACAAAAAUAUUGUCCAUUAAUAAAAUAUAUAUAUUUAUCAAAAAGAAAUUUAAUAAAAUUAACAAAUGAAUCAUUAAAAGCUUUACCAUUUAUAAAAUCAAAUACUUGGAAACAAGUUUAUUUAUUCUUUUUAGCAAGUAGUUUAAAAGAUCAAUUUUUUUCAAGAACUUCAGAUUAUGAAUCAAUUAUAGAUUUAAAAGAUCUGAAUCAUACAAAUCCAAUAAAACAAUUAUUUGAUGCGGCAUUGAGUAUAUUUGAAGAAAAUUAUAAUCAAAGUUUAUGUGCUCCUUUCAUAUUAACUUGGUAUCUUGUAUUAUGUGUUGAAGAUUUUAAUGAAAUGAAUUCAAUAAAACCUUUAAAUAAAUUAAAAUUAGCUUUUAACAAGAGAUUAAAAUAUUUAUCAACAAUUCUAAAAGAAUCUUCAAAUGGUACAAAUUUAGAAAGUUUUGAUUCUUUAAUUAAUAUUUUUCAUUUAGGGACAAGAUUAGAUGCAUAUGGUUAUAAACAAAAUCCAGUAUUAAUUUUUAGUUUACGACAUCUUGAUGAAGUUUAUAUAAGAUUAAAAAAGUAUUGUGAAAUAAAUCGUGAGAAGCUAUUAAUUGAAGAAGAUUUACAAUCAAAAUAUGAAUAUAUAAUGGUUAAUUUUUAUAUUGCAGCAGUUAUACUACGACCUGAAAAAUAUACUAAAAUUUUAAUUGAUUAUUUUUUUAAUGGAAAUACUGAUAUUAAAGUUACAAAAAUAUUUAUAAAAACUAUAAGAGGUUUAUCAGAAAUUGAAACUGCUCAUAAUAUAUUUUAUAAAUUAAUUGAAGAUACAAAAGAAACUUUAAGAAAUAUAAUAUUUGGUGCGAUGAAAAUUUUACACAACUACGAAUUACAAACAAAUCAUAUUGGAAACGUCAAUGAAUUAUCAAAUCAAUCAAUAUAUUCAGAUGCAACAAGUGUUGAUGAAAAUGAGCUAAGAGCAAAUCAAGCAACAAAUAUGUUUAUGAAUUCAACUAAAACUGGUUUAGAUCAUUAUAUUCAAGAAUUUGAAAAAUCAAAAGAAGAUAAAUUAUUUUUACCAAAACCAUCAUCUGCAUCAAUAUCAUCAACAAAUACAUAUUUUUAUAGAUUAGCAUAUGAUGCAGAAGAACUACUAUCUGAUAUUUUUAUGAUAUUUGUUGCAGCACCAGAAUUUUACUUCAAUGACAUGAAGCUUAUGAAUGAUGAAAAUUUAAAAAACAUACCAUAUUCAGAAUUAUUAAAUACAAUUAUUGAAUUUUGUCAUAAAUGUGUUAUACCAUUAAGACAAGCAUUUAAAAUAAAACCAAUAAAUCAAGAAAAUUCAAGAUUAUUUGAAUCAAGUAAAAAUUUAUCAAUGCAAAUGGUUUUACCAAAUACAAAAAUUGCCACUGAAUAUACUGAUUUAUCAGCAUUUGCAAAUUUUAAUAUAUGUAAUUGUAUUAUUCAAUCAUUAUGUGAAACAUGUUUAGGUUUAGCAUUAAUUGAUCCAAAAUUUAAAUCAAGUUUUUUAUUUCUUAAUGAUUUUUUACAUUUAAGAAAUAAUUAUAGUCCAAUAUUAUUAAAUAAUCCCAUACUUGCAGAUCCUGAAUCUAGGGGGUUAUAUGAAACUUGUGGAGCAGUUAUACAAGCAGUUGAAAAAGUUUUAUUAUUAUCUUCAUGUACUCAUGAUAUUCAAUUUUAUAAUUAUGCAAAACAAGGUAUAAAAUGGUAUAUAAAUGAAAUAAAAAAUAAUAAUGCAUUAUAUGCAAAAAAUGAAGUUGAAGAUACUUUAUUAGAAACUUUUGAAUUAAUGAAUCAAGAUGAAGGAGUAUUUACAGGAUUUGUAUCAUUACAAAAAAGACAUCGUAAAAUAUUAAGAGAAGCUAAACCAACAAAAUCUUUAUAUUAUAUAUGGUUAAUAAUAUUAGCAAGAUGGACAAGAAUUCUUAGAGAGAAUGAAAAAAUUCAUGAAAAUAAUGCAAUUUUCAGACAUUUUACUGGAUUUUUAGUAUCAACUUCUGGAUGUUUUAUAUCAGCUACAAAAGGAAUUGAUCCAGAACAAGAUGAAAUUUAUAAUAAAGGAAGUAUUCAUAUUUCUGAAUUUUUUGAUAAAUGUAUUGAUUUAUUAAAUUCUCAAGAUUUAGUUGUUAGAGUUAUUGUUAAAGAUACAUUAUCAAAUGAAUCUCAUUCUGAUGUUUAUCAUAUUAUAGCAACUAAAUUAAUGUCAAGAGCUACUGAAUAUUUAGAUAUGGAAGUACAAGCGGAAGAAAGUAUUGUAUUUUUAGAACAAGCAAUGAUUAUAAUGACAGCAAUGAUAAAUGUUGGAAAUGAUGGAGCAUUAUUAUUAUCAUCUUUAUUACCACAUAUAUGUCAAUUUUUCAUUAGAUUUAUUAAUAAAGUAGAAGAUACAGUUUAUAAAUUAAGAUUAAAAUUAAGAUUUUGUAAAUUAGCAGCAACAUUAGAACAAGAUAAAACAAAUUCUGGUUUAAAAGGAGCAUAUAAAUUAAGAAAUUAUUAUAGUAAAGCAAUCUUAGAAUGGUUAGAAUUAGCAGUAAUAUUAGAAAAAGUAACACCAGAAGAAGAAAAUUCAAGAGGUAGAACUUCAGAAAUUGUUCAUUUAAAAAUGGAUCUUGCAGUACAAUGUUCAAAAACUUUACGUUUACAAUUAGAAGAUUUAUUGUUAGAAGUUCCCGAAGGUAUAAAAGAUGAAGAAGUUAAAAAAUAUAAAGAUUUAUCAUUUGGAAAUUAUUUUUCAAUAUUUUAUAAAAUUAUUCAAAAAUAUACUGAAUUACCUUCAUCAUCAAGAAUAAAACAUAAAUUUCAACAAGUCACAGAUAAUGUAUUAUCAUCAAUAACAAAUUUAUUACAAUAUGAUUGGGAAAUUGGUAUACAAUAUUUAUUACCAAUGGGAUAUCAUGAAAAUAGAAAAAUAAGAGGAAUAUUUUUGAAUGUAUUUGCAAGUAUGUUAACUUCACAAACUGUUAGAAAAUUAGAAAAUGAAUUUCCUGAUCAAUUAGUUUUAAAUUUAGUUGAUCAAACUGAUAUUUUUAGUUCAAUUGCUGAUUGUGCAUCAUCAUUAGAACAUAAUUUAUUAGCUUCUUCAUUAUUUGGUAUAUUUUCAUAUACAAAUAAAUUAGAUGAAUUAUUUCAUGUUUUAUUAACUGAUGAAAUAACAAAAUUAAAUCGUUCAACUGAUUUAUUUAGAAGAAAUUCAACAUUAACAAGAUUAUUAUUUAAUUUUACUCAAGAUCAUGGAAUAGAUUAUUUAUGUAAGAUUUUAUUACCAACAAUUCAAGAAAUUGUCUCGUUAAAAAUUCAUUUUGAAGUUGAAAAAAGAGAAUCAAUUGAAGAUUCAGAUUUAUUUAUAAAAUAUUUUACAAAAAUAGUUGAUCUGAUUGUUGAUUCAUUAGAUAAUUUACCUUGUUCAUUUAAAUUUGUUUGUGGUCAAAUUUAUCAAUCUGUUUCUGUUAAAUUUCAAGAUUCUGCAUUAAUUGCAGUGGGAUCAUUUUUAUUUUUAAGAUUUUUAUGUCCUGCUUUAAUUAGUCCUGAACAAUUUUUUAAAAUUCCAAUUGAAAAUUCAAAAACAAAAAGAUCAUUAAUGCAAUUAGUUAAAGUAUUACAAAAUAUGGCUAAUGGUACUGUUAAUUCAAUAAAAUGGCCAGGACUUUCAUCAAGAAUUGAUGUAUUAAAUUCUUUAAAUAAUAGAAUUGUUGAAUUUUUAACAUUAGUAUCAACAAGUAAAGGUAAUUCAUACCCUUUUCAAAAAGGAGAAAUUGAGAAACCAAUAGCAGAAUUAAGAUAUUUACAUAAAUUCAUAUAUACUUAUUUUACUCAAAUAAGAAUGAAUUUUUUAUUAGGUAAAUCAGCAUUUAAUAUCGGAACCUUACAUGAAAGAGUUACUAUUUUUAAAGCUUAUGAUGAAGUUGUUAAACAAUUAAGACAACCAAAACCAAGUGUUAAAUUACAAUUAAAUUCAACUUUAAAAAUAUUUGAUGUAAAUAAUAAUAAUGAAGAAGAUAUUAAAUUUAAUGAUUUUAUGACAAAAAUGUCAUUAAAAUAUGCAGAUACUCCUCAAGAUUGUGUAAAUUUAAUUCAUUCAUCCAUAUUUAAAGAUGCAACACCUGUUAUUGUAAUAAAUUUAAGAAAAUUAAAAUCAAGACCUGACGACGUAAAAUAUCUUGUUUAUAAAUUAUUUGAAACUGCUUCACAAAUUUGGGAUAAUAAUUAUUAUUUAAUUUAUGAUUUUUCAGAAUUUUAUUUUUUUAAACCUGAUGGUCCACCAGAAUAUACUCAUCUAUUAUCAUAUUAUUCACCAAAAUUAUUUUUUUCAAAUUGUAAAAGAGUUUAUUAUUUUAAUGUUCCAAGAACUGAAUAUGUUGGUAUAAUUGAUUCAAUGAAAAGUUUAAGAAAAAAAGGUGCUGAAUAUAAUACUCAAAUUUUUAUUCAUUCAUCAGUUGAUUCUGAUCAUAUUGUAAACAGUCUUUGUUUAGAUCCUGAAACUGUUUCAAUUAGUAGAGAUGCAAAAGUUACUUAUAAAAAUGUUUUAUUAUAUGAACCAACAUCAGGAAGAUUUGCUCCUGUUUAUUUAAAAAUUGGUAGAAAAUUUUUAACUGUUUGUUUUCAAGAACGUGUUAAAUUUAAAAGUGAAUUAUCAGCAACUGAAAGUUUUACACCUGUUGAAGUUUAUAGAUUAUCAGAAUUUAACAAAUGUGAAGCUUCAAAUUAUACAGGUCAUGAUGAUGAAUUUACAAUAUUUUUCAGUCAUACUGAUCAAAUUACUUUUAGAUCAUCAGAUAGAUUAGAAAUUUUAAGAUUUCUUUAUUUUACUUCUUCAAGAUUAUCAAAAGAUAUAUCUUAUACAGAAACUGAAAAAGAUUAUAGAAAUGAAAUUCAUACAAUGCAUUGGUUUGGAAGAUUAUAUAAUAUUGUUUUCCAAGGUUUAUUAAGUACUGAUAAUGAAUUAAAAUCUUCAGCAGCAAUAUUAUUUGGAGCAAUGUCAUCAUAUUUUGAAAUUGAUUUUGGUAUUACAGAAGAACAUGCAAAAUCAUUACCUUUUCCCACCGAUGCAACUUCAAUGGUUGUUUCAGUUUCAAAACAUUUAUCAAAAAAUUUUCCAGAAAUGACUUAUAGAUUUUUUAAAGCAUAUUUUGAUAAUUUUGAAAAAAUGGAACAAGAAAGUAGAUUAUGUUCAAUAAUUUAUAUAUCACCAUGGAUUAAUAAUAUUUAUGAUAGUGUUCAUUCUCAAAGUGGUAUAAAUGGCCCUGAUAGAGUUGCAGAUAUAAUUCGACAAUUUUGUAGAAUAUCAUUUUUAAAUAAAGAUCAAAUUUCUUUUAUAAAUGAUUAUAUUUGGAAAAAAUUAUUUUUUGAAACAAGAUUAGUUUCUUCAUUAGUUGAUGAAGUUGUUGCUUUUGCAAUUGAUAAAAAAAAUGAAGGUCCUGAUUGGUCAUUUAUUAUUUCAGUUAUUACACCAUCAGUUGAAGUUUGUGGAGAAGUUAUAUCAAGAUUAAUGACAACUAUAAAACAUACAUUAACAACAGAUUCUGCCAUAGCUUCACAAUCAAAAUUAUUUGAGAUAACUGUAUUAAUUAAAAUUUGUUCAUCAUUAUUUUUCAGUUCAUAUACUUUAGCAAAAUUAUAUUUAGCAGAUUUAAUAUUUUUUGUUACAUUAUUUAUAGAUGAUUUACAUUUAGAAGUUGGAUCAGAUUUAAGAAAUAUGAUUAUAAGUGCUGUUCAAUCAUUUUUACAUAAACCAAAAUUAACAAAUCAUCAACAAAAAGUUAUUAAUAGUACUAUAGAAUAUUUUAGUAGUCCAAGAGCUAAAAUGUUAUUUGGAAUGACUAGAGAUUUAAAAUCUUCUUUAGAUGUUGGACAAUCAUUUAAUAGAAUAAUGAAUUUUGAAAUUUUAUGUGAUUAUUUAAAUGAAUUUAUUCAAGUUGUUAGUACAUCUGAUGAUAAAACUCAUUGGAAAGCAAGAUGGUCAUCAAAUGCAAUUGAUGUUGCUUUUAAUAAUUAUUCUUUAUUUCAAGAUAGAGCUAUUGUUAUUGUGGGGAUAUUAUCUAAAACUGGUGUUACUGAUUCAAUUGCUUGUAGAACUAUAAAGUUAGUUGCUCAUGGUGAAUUACAUAGUAUUGAUACUGUUAUUUGUGUAUCAAUUGCAGUAGCAAGGAUUAUAAAUGGUUUACCUUCAUCAUCAAUGUUCCCACCAAUUAUAGUAUGGCCACAGUUAUGUUAUGCAUUAUUAAAUCAUAGUAUACUUUAUCAAUCAGCUUUACAAAAUAUUAUAACAACAAUGGUUACAUUAAUGAAUGAAGGACCUGAUUAUAUUGAUAAAGCUUAUGCACAAAGAGAUCAAUUAGAACCUUAUUUAUCUAACUUCGAAAAUAAACAUGGAAUAGGAAUAACUAAAGAAAAUUUUGGAGUUCAUAUAUUUUAUAUUGUUACUCAAGGUUUAAAAUAUUCUCAAUAUAGACAUUUAGCAAUCACCAGCAUCAAGACUUAUUUUAAAAAAAGAUAUGAAUUAAGAAAUGCAAGACCAAUUCAUGGAUCAACAAUUGCUGAUAAUGCUUAUGCAUAUUUAGUAUUUAUAUUUUUAUGUGCAGAUUCAAAAGAAUUUGAGGAAUAUCUUAUCGAAGAUUUAAAAUUAAAUACUGAAUAUUAUCAAAUUGAUAAAAAUUUAAAAAUUCCUCAAUUUUUAUUAAAUUUCUUGUUUGAAAAUAAUGAUGCUUCAAAAUUAGUUUUAAUUCAUCUUGGGUCCUUUUUUAGUGAUGCAAAGGGAGUUGAUGUUAAUUUUAAAAGUAAAUUUAUAUCACUUUAUGAAAUUAUAUUAUCAAAAAAUAAAGAUGCUGCAUUAUUAGUUUAUCAUAUUAUUCAACCUGCUUUAAAUCAAGAUUUAAUGAGUACUGUUUCAUUAGAUUUUAUUGAAAAAAUUUCAAAUAUUAUAUUAACUGUUUCUAAAACUGAAAAUUAUUCACCUGAAAAAUAUAUAAAUGAAAUUGAAACUAUUUUAACAACAAAUAAAUUAUUAUUAGUUAAAAAGCUUAGAGAAUUGUACCCUGUUGAAUAUACUUUAGAUGAUGAUGGACGAUUUAGACCUACUUUUGAUGUUGAUAUUAAAACAAUUCAAUUAAUGCUUUAUAGAGCUGCAUGUACACAUAUCGAAGGAUAUAAAUUGGAAAAUUAA